AUGGCCCAUUUCGAAAAGAAAUUCGACGUGUCUGCCAAAGACCCUCAUCAUUAUGUGGGCAACUUUCCCCUCACAAAGUCUUUCCCAUCGUCUCCUGGCGUCUACGGCGGCAACAUUGCGGGCCAGGCGCUUUUGGUGGCGAUGAAAAGUGCUCCCGAAGGAUUUACGCCCCAUUCGCUUCACUCGUACUUUGUCCGCAGCUGCACAGACAAGAUUCCAGUCGAAUGGACCGUGGAUGAGAUUUCCAACGGCCGGUCUUUCUGCAAUCGCAACGUCCGGGGCAUUCAGAACGGCCGCAUCUGCUAUCUGGCGAACAUUUCUCUUGCCAAGAAGAACAGCUUGAAGGACGCGCAAUUGGCACACCAGAAGUACUUGGAAGAAAAGAAAAAGAAGGAGGAAAGUGGAGACGACGACGACGAUGACGACGACGAUGAUGAUGAUGAUGACGACGAUGCGGCCGAAAAGCCCUUCUAUUUCCAGACCCCGCUCCCCAAGUGGCUCCAGACCACGAAAAUCGAAGACAUGGACGACAACGAUGUGGCCAAAGACCGGUUUAUCUACCACAAGAUCCCAAGGCAGAUGGUUCUGUUGGAAAUGACCAAGGAAGAAGAGUCUGUUCCCCCUGUAGACAGACAAUUGUCGUACUACGUCCGCUUGGGCAAUGGCGACAUCAAGCUUUCCAGCUUACAGGCUCAGUUUGUUGGCUUGGUUGUGAUUUCCGACUGCAUCAUUUCCACCAGGCUUGCUCGUAUUUUGCGUGUGUCGUCUGUGGACAUGCAAGACCCAGCACACUAUUUUGGCAUUUCUCUCGACCAUGUGAUGUAUUUCCACGACACCGAUUUUGAUUGCACAGAGUGGAUGGGCUAUGGAAUGAGGGUGCUCCGCAUGCAAAACGAUCGCUUCUUGAUGGAAGCACAAAUGUAUAAUAAGAAGGGCGAGCAUGUUGUGACGAUUUUGCAGGAGGUUUUGGCAAAGUUGCACGGACUAGAGGCGACGGCGAAGCUUUAG